AUGAAGGAAGGGGAUAUGGAAGAGAGGACACAUGGCGCUUCAGUUCAGGGGACAGGAUUGCUGAGUAACUCCAAAAAGAGAAAGCGUGGUGGCGAGACGAAAUUUGCGAAUGGGAGCUCUGGGCACUUAAUUGGCCACACUCCUGUGCAGCGCAAGGUUACCACGAACUGGGCCCGCUUGUUAUCCAGUCCUACGACAGCCCCCUCUCAUGCUCAAGAUCCGCCCAUCAUUGGUGGGACAGAGAGGGUUCCCUUUGUGGAGGCCACAUGUGGCAAUAUCAAAGAUUUUAUCUUGCUGGUUGGGACCAGCAGUAAUUAUUGGGUAAAGCUAAUCGGUGCAAGAUUUGGUGGCAGCUGCAUGGCAGCUUACCGCCCAAAAUCAGCCGGCGGGGCGUGUGUUACAAAGGUGGAGUUGGCCUCGGGCCCAGUGGGACGAAAUUCAUCUGUGUGCCAUCUUGGUAGAGUCGAAGAACCACCUGCGUCAGCAAGUG